AUGACUCUGUUAAGAGAAAAAUUCUGGAUAGUAAAAUGUAGAGGAACUAUUCGUCGAGUCAUUAGGGGAUGUAUAAAUUGCCAACGAUUUAAAGUUCAGAAUGCAGAGGUAUUGCCAGCUCCUUUACCUGAGAAACGUGUGAAAAACGCUGCUGCUUUUGAAAUAACGGGCAUAGAUUUAGGAGGACCACUGUAUUUAAGUAAUGGAGAAAAAACCUGGUUUGUUUUAUUUACGUGUGCAAUAAUCAGAGCAGUACACAUUGAACUUGUUCCAUCACUGAGCACUGAAACCUUCUUACUAGCUUACCGAAGGUUCGUUUCAAGAAAAGGAAGACCCUCUCAUGUCUACUCUGACAACGGAAAAAACUUUAUAGGAGCUAAUAAUAUUUUCCAAUCCAUCGACUGGCAAAAAGUCGAAGAAAUAGCUUCAAUACAAAGAAUUAAGUGGACGUUCAUCCCUCCUACCGCCCCGUGGAGGGGCGGAUGGUGGGAGCGGCUUAUUGGAAUGACCAAAGGAAUAUUGCGAAGAGUAUUUGGGCGAGCUCGGCAAAAUUUUGAUGAACUGUAUAUCAUUUUGUGCGAAGCUGAGAGCAUUAUAAAUAAUCGACCUCUAACUUAUCUUUCCGAAGAUAUCGACGACUUACAUCCUUUAACUCAAUCUUUAUUUCUGAAAGAAAUCCGAUUUGGAAGUUUACCUGAACUAGACGUAUAUGAUUCAGCACAUCUGAAUAAACGCUUCCGCUAUCGCCAGAAAUUAAAAGAAGAUAUAAUGAAAAGAUUCCGUAUUGAGUACUUGAGUCAAUUGAAUAAUCAUUCACAAAACAAACUCCCCACCACCCUUAAAGUUGGCCAAAUUGUUCUUGUUGGAAAUGACAAUGCUAAAAGAUUAGACUGGCCUAUGGCUAAAAUACUAGAACUUUAUCCUGGAGUUGAUAGAAACUCUCGUGUUGCACGAAUAAAAACUAUGAAGACUUUAUCCAUUGGAAGUAGAAGAUGA